AUGUUCGGCAACGGCCUCUUCAGCUUGUUCUCCUCCAAGCAGGCGCCCACCAAUGGCGCUACCUGGGAUGCGCCUACCGCCUCCCCCCAGAAUCAGCAGCCUACCAGCCCCGAUGCCCCCUCUACUGAGCGCGUCGUCACCGAGCAGCCCAACUCCCAGGAGAAUAUGAUGAAGCUGCGCGGUGGUGGUGCCGGCGAUGUCUGCUGUGGCCUGUAA